CUGCUCUUCACGUUGCUGGUCUUAGGUUGCCCGUCUGUGGAGGAUCAGGAUCAGGAUCAGCUGAACUGUAGAAGAAUUAAUGCAUCUUCUUCCAAGUAUUUGUCUGCUUUCCUGUUGUCAACUUUCCUACCUGGCUGAAGUUUAUCUCCACAGACAUUCAGUCAGAAGAUUUCACAAUCAAUUAACAUUAAACUGCUAAUAAGUUAAGCACAAGGCACCCAGAAGAAUCUCCAGUACGUACAAAAGCCAUUUGGUACAUCACAGAUCAAUGAUGCCAAAUGCAGGCAAGGAGAAUACUCACCACUGUUUACAUUGUGGAAAGAGUUUUAAACACCAGAGUACUUUCAAAAUACACAUGCGCGUUCACACAGGAGAGAAACCGUAUCACUGCUCAGUCUGCGGGACAAAUUUUAAACGACUGGAUCAUCUCAACAUACACAAGCGCAUUCACACGGGAGAGAAACCACAUCACUGCUCAGACUGUGGGAAAAGUUUUCGUCAACUGGCUAAUCUCAACAGCCACAAGCGCAUUCACACGGGAGAGAAACAGUAUCACUGCUCAGACUGCGGGAAAAGUUUUAAAAGAUGUAGUAAUCUCACAAAACACAAGUGCAUUCACACAGGAGAGAAACCGCAUCAUUGCACAGACUGUGGGAAAAGUUUUCAAACAGCUAGUAAUCUCACAAAACACAAGUGCAUUCACACAAGAGAGAAAAACUUUCAUUGUUCAGACUGCGGGAAGAGUUUCAUUUGGUUGUACACUCUUAAACAACAUCAGCGCAUUCACACAGGAGAGAAACCGUAUCACUGCUCAGACUGUGGGAAGAGUUUUACUCAAAAGAGAUCUCUCAAAGUGCACACGUGCAUUCACAUGGGAGAUAAACCAUAUCUCUGCAAAGUCUGUGGAAAGAGUUUUAAUAAAAUUUGUAUUUUCACACUACACAGACGCAUUCACACAAGAGAGAGACCCUAUCACUGCUCAGACUGUGGGAAGAGUUUUAGAUUUAAAAAUGUUCUCAAAAGACACCAGCGCAUUCACACAGGAGAGAAACCGUAUCAGUGCUCAGACUGUGGGAAGAGUUUUAAUCAUCUGAGUGUUCUGAAUGAACACCUUCGCAUUCAUACAGGAGAGAGACCCUUUCUCUGCUCAGACUGUGGGAAGAGUUUUAGAUGUUUGAAUAAUCUCAAAAUACACCAGCGCAUUCACACAGGAGAGAGACCCUAUCACUGCUCAGACUGUGGGAAGAAUUUUAGAUAUUUGAAUAAUCUCAAAAUACACCAGCGCAUUCACACAGGAGAGAGACCCUAUAACUGCUCAGACUGUGGGAAGAGUUUUUAUAAACUUUGUAUUUUUACCCUGCACACACGCAUUCACACAGGAGAGAGACCCUAUCACUGCUCAGACUGUGGGAAGAGUUUUAGACUUCUCCAGGUUCUCAAAAGGCACCAGCUCAUUCACACAGAAGAGAAACCGCAUCACUGCUCAGUCUGUGGGAAGAGUUUUAAUCAACUGUAUCAUCUCAACAGACACACACUCGUUCACACGGGAGAGAAACCGUAUCACUGCUCAGUCUGUGGGAAGAGUUUUCUUCGACUGUAUCAACACAACCAACACACGCUCAUUCACACAGGAGAGAAACCGCAUCACUGCUCAGACUGUGGGAAGAGUUUUAAUCAACUGAAUCAUCUCAACAAACACACACGCGUUCACACAGGAGAGAAACCGUAUCACUGCUCAGACUGUGGGAAGAGUUUUAAUCAACUGAAUCAUCUCAACAGACACACACGCAUUCACACAGGAGAGAAACCGUAUCACUGCUCAGACUGUGGGAAGAGUUUUAAUCAACUGAAUCAUCUCAACAAACACACACGCGUUCACACAAAAGAGAGACUGUAUCACUGCUCAGACUGUGGGAAGAGUUUUAGAUAUUCGAGUGAUCUCAAAAGACACCAGAUUGUUCACACAAAAGAGAAACCCUAUCACUGCUCAGACUGUGGGAAGAGUUUUAAACAUUCGCGUAGUCUCAAAAAACACCAUUGCAUUCACACACCAUAGAAAUCGUAGCACUGCUCAGACUGUGGGAAGAGUUUUAAUCAGUGGAGUACUACUUGUGUUUCAAAGUGUAAUGCCUGCUAUACCUCAUCUGUACCACUUAGUGUCACACUUGUACCAGUGUAUGUAGUUUUUUUUAAAUACAUCAGAACAAGCCUGAUGGCCAAGUAAAAUAAAGACAUUCCAGGUGAUCUUGCUUACUACUUUCCCCUUGAAAUUAAUUGGCUUUGGACCUUCCUUUUGUCGUGCAUGUCCUGGUUCAUAAUGGGCAUCAAGGAAUAGUAUGCACUAAACAGGCUGCUUCUAUUAUACUGGUAGCCUGGCACGGACGCCUCGGUUCAAGAUUUGCUUGUUUCCUGUAGUGUCUGUCCGAUAAGUGACAAAACAACAAAGAUUUAUCCAGCAACAAUGCAGCCUGUGGAUUCUGCUGAUGGUCCUUUCCUAAAACUGAGUGUGGAUGUAGUUGGUAACUGCAUUUCUUCACAACUAUCGUGCAAAAUCACAUACAACUACAAACAAAACAAAGCAACUGCUAAGAGGACGACCUAUGCAGAAAGAACUGAAAUUUGUUGCCGAUCUUGGAGUAAGAAGAACAGAAAAAAGUGAUCAAUAAACUUGGAAAUUUUUGAUGGUAGAAGAUGGAAUGCGUUAAGCUUGUCAAAGUUACCAGAACUCGCCCAGCCUUUGAUAUACUAUAAAAAAAAAAAUGAAAAAAGUUUUUCAUGAUAAGUAAUAUGCUACUGCUUAUGUUUUGUUAAUUCCAGUUACAUUACUAUCUGAGUUCUAUGCUUUCUUUACAGGAAAGGGGAAAUGUGUUUUGCCUGCUAUACCUUUUUUGUACCACUUGGUACAGAAGAACCGAGAAUAAAAAAGACUUGAGCUCAGUCUUUAAAGUUUAUAAAAAACUUUGGGACAAACUGACUUUAAUGUGCUUGUAACAUCUGUUGAAAACAACCUUUGAAUAAUGGAAACUUGUUAAUGUACAGUGGUAUGUAAAAGUUUGGGCCCCCUGAUAAUUUUCAUGAUUUUCCUUUAUAAAUCACUGGUUGUUCAGGUCAGUAAUUUCAGAUAAAUAUCUCACAUUGAUGUAUAUACACAAGUGAAUUAAUUCAUGAUAAAGGAUGAAUGUGGCCAAUUGCA